CAGAUAGAUAGAUAGAUAGAUCUCCCGAAAUUACUAGAUAACAAUACAAAAUCUCAUGACACCCGAAUGACACCCGUUGUCACCGCGCCAUUUGCUUCCCCUUGCUUACUGCCCUUUGAUUAAUUCCAUGAAUAUGCGAACUCUGCGGUGAUGGUCGGCUAAGCAAACGCUCUUGGGGGAUGGCACAGAUGGAAAAUGAUUGACAAUUUCAACUCCGACUCCUAUUCGUAGGCGAGCCUAAAGUUGAUACAGAUUAAUAUGAGGAUGGAUGCGCUGCUAAACCUGAGCUGAAUGAACGAGUAUUUGGAAAAGACAGCACAUCCAUGCCAGUAGGAGACCAAGUAAAGCGUAUUGAGCGAACUACCAAGUUUGUGGCUAUCAGCGGAGUUUCAAUAUUGUUGAGCGCGACCAGACUACUGAGUGUGGAACGCGGUGUUCACGGAUUGAAACAUUCGCCGACAGUCUCGACAUCGUGAAGUUUCUCCCGUUCUCCCUAUAAGAAGGGUCCCAAAUCACGAUGGCUCCUCAGACUGAGUCUCACUCCCAUUUUCGCUCUUCUUCUACUUCUUCGUUCGUCCAGGCUCUCUGUUCUGAGAACAGGUUCCUUUUUCAUCAUGCACCACUCCCGUUACUUCCGCUUCUUUGCUCUGUUGCUAUUGGUCCUCUGCCUGGCUGAAACAACAUUCUCUGCCCCGACGGGGAAGGUGAUUAUCUUUACAGAAUCAACCUGUUCGUAUUCAUCGAUAAAAUUUCGAUGCAGAAAACCACUGCCGUGAAGAAGAAGCCGGCGAACAAGGCACCUGCAGAGGCAAAACAGUCAUCCGCACCUACGACACCUCCGGGUAGCAAACCAGUAAACCCACCCCCGGGUAGCAGACCAGGCAGCCCAGCUCCGAGUGGCAGACCAGCAAGCCCAGUUGCUGAUGAGGGUGGUUGUGAAAAAAAGACCACGUGCGACACUUGCAUCGCUGUCCAAGGUGGUGAUGAAAAACCGGUGUGUGUCUUCACGGAAGCUAGCAAGUGUGUUGGUUUGUCCACUACCCCAGAUGGCAAAUUGUUCCGGACAACUGCUGACUGCAGGAGUUUGAAGGCUCAGACUAUUGCUGCUGCCGCUGCGGAGGCAGAUCUUGUCAAGGCCGCCAAAAGCGAGUUUGCAAAAAUGAAACCCCACGUCUUCGGAACGGAGAAGGAUUUGAAGAAUACCUCCGGAAGACAUCUGGCCUCUGCAUUGCUCAGCAUUCCGGUAAACAAGAACUUGAAGAGAGCUGAAAAUGCUGCAACCGGUCUCUCGAAGUUUACCAACCCUCCGCGAAGAAAGAUCAAGACAACCUGGGAUGAUGAUAAAGGAAAGUUCACUCAAGCUCAAGUACAAGCAAUGUGCGAGGACGCUAUCAAAUCGGUGUUGAAGCUGAAGAACGCGAAGAAAUUGCCCAAAGGAACGGCGAUCACCUCGGUGUCGGUCAAGUCUCCCCUUGGUGGCAACUUGUGUAUUAGUGUGCAGGGUAACAUAAGUGUUUUUCCUGGAUCUACGAGUGCCACCACCAUUGCUCCGGGUGACACUUGUACACCAGAUGCUGGGGUUUCAGACAAUUGACCAAAUAGGGUAGAGAUUCGAGUAGCGUACUAUCGAAUACUUGAUGAGCUUUCAUUUUUUGAAUUCAUUACGACAUCGCUCACGUACACCUUGAAAUGUUUGUAGCGACGUACAUAAUGUACUACCUAUUUUUGCUAUUGCCAGACCAUUGCCACCUACUACUAUUCUGGGUAGGGAUAUGCAACAUGUCUGAGAUCCAUUUACACACACCACAUACCGUCUUAAAAAUUUGACCAGAACAGUUUAUUAGUGCUCAAAUUGUUAACCUGAAUUUAGCUGAAUUUUAGGAGACUUGUACGAAGUCUCGGAGAGUGUCCGAGGGUGGAACGAGAAGUGCAAAACUUUUUGUCACGUAUCGUCACGUCCGGCAAGACAUCGGCAAGACAUUCUGCACAGCCAAGCCUCGCCGUCGCCUACCG